CGACACGCACCCACGAUGCAGACGCUCCGAGACAAGCAGCUCGAGCACCUCACGGCCUUGCUCCACCUCAACUCGCCCCCACCGACCACCACCACCUCAUCAGCGUCCCACUCGUCCUCGCUCCCGACCUGGAAGACGCUCGUCCUCGACAAGGCCGGCACCGACAUCCUCUCGACCUCCCUCACCGUACCCGCUCUCCGCGAGGCCGGCAUCACCCUCCACCAGCAGCUCCACUCGGACCGACCCGCCCUCCCUGACGUGCCCGCCAUCUACUUUGUCUCGCCGACGAGCACCAACGUGCAGCGCAUCGCCGCCGACCUGCGCAAGGGCCUGUACGCGAGCACCUACGUCAACUUUACGAGCGCACUCGGUCGCAACUUGCUCGAGGAGUUUGCCGAGACGGUCGCGAGGGACGGCACCGUCGAGGGCGUCGAGCAGGUCUACGACCAACACCUCGACUACCUCGUCCUCGCGCCCUCCCUCUUCUCGCUCGCACCCUCCCUCUCGACCCCUCUCCCCUCGUCCUCCUCCUCUUCCUCCUCCUCGACCGCCGUCGUCCCGAGCGCGAGCGCAGCAGAUGCCCGGACAACGUACGAGAAGCUCAACGACCCGAGGGCGGCCGAGGCCGACAUCGAGGACAUCACGGACCGUGUCGCGCGCGGCCUCUUCAGCGUCGUCGUCACCAUGGGCCAGCUCCCGAUCAUCCGCGCGCCGCGAGGCAACGCGGCCGAGAUGGUGGCGCGCAAGCUCGACUCGCGCAUUCGCGACCACAUGGCGAGCGCGAGGGGCGUCAACGCCUUCACGCAGGGUGGCGCAGAGGGCUCGUUCGGGCGACCGUUGCUCGUCAUCCUCGACCGCAACGUCGACCUCGUGCCGAUGCUCAGCCACAGCUGGACGUACCAGGCGCUCGUCAACGACGUCCUCGGCAUGAAGCUCAACCGCGUCUCGGUCGAGGCGCCUGACGGCGGCAAGAUGAGCAAGAAGACGUACGACCUCGACGCCAAGGACUUUUUCUGGGCCAAGAACGCGCAGAACCCGUUCCCGCAGGUCGCAGAGGAGAUCGACCUCGAGCUGAACAAGUACAAGCAGGACGCCAACGAGAUCACGCGCUCGACGGGAGUGAGCGACGUCAACGACCUGGCGCAAGUCGACCUGACGUCGAACGCGGCCAACCUCAAGGCGGCCAUCACGGCGUUGCCCGAGCUCACGGCGCGCAAGACGACGCUCGACACGCACAUGAACAUCGCGACGGCGCUCCUGCAGGGCAUCAAGGACCGCGGGCUCGACACGCUGUUCCAGAUGGAGGAGGCCAUCACCAAGCAGACCAAGCGCGACCUGCUCGAGGCCGUGCGCGACCCGUCCAAGCACUCGCCCGAGGACAAGCUGCGCCUCGUCCUGUGCUUCUACUUCUCGUCGCUCGCGUCCGGGUCCGACAAGGGCCUCUCGAAGGACGACCUCGCCGAGUACGAGCGCGCGCUCGCCGACGCCGGGUGCGACAUGGGCCCGUGGGAGUUUGCAAAGCGCCUGAGGGACGUCAUGCGCAUGAGCAGCCUCGGGGCGGCGCCGGCGCAGCCGGUGGCGGGCGGGGCGGGAGGCGACCUCAUGCGCGGGUUCAGCUCGCUGUCGAACCGGUUGACGGACCGCCUGCGCGAGAGCGGCGUCGGCGGCGUUGGCCUCGACAACCUCAUCUCGGGCGUCAAGAACUUCCUCCCGCAGCGCAAGGACUUUCCCGUCACGCGCCUCGUCGAGGCCCUCAUGGACCCGUCGUCGGCGUCGACCCAGGCCCUGCAGGACACGGACGACUACCUCCUGUUUGACCCGCGCGCGGGCGGGCGCAGCGCGCGGCCGGCAGCGGCGACCCAGGGCCGCGGCCGGCAGCAGUACGCCGACGCCGUCGUGUUUGUCGUCGGCGGCGGGAGCCUCGUCGAGUACGGCAACCUCGGCGAGUACGUCCAGCGGAGCGUGCCCGGCGCGCAAACGGGCGGCGUCACGGGAGGGGGAGGGGCGCCCGCGGGCGCGACGGGCGGCACGGUGCAGGGGACGCCGACGCGCAGGGUCACGUACGGCAGCACCGAGAUCUUGACGCCGAGCGAGUUUGUCAAGGCGCUCGGGAACCUUGCGCGGGCGGGCUGAGCCACGUCGGUUGGUCGGUCGUCGUGCGCGCUCAGCUGUCUCUCGAGUGCAACGCCGUCCUCUCUUUUCCCUCUUU